AUUUUGCAGAAAUGGGUUCUUUUGAAGGUAUAAGAAUGGUGUAUAGAAAUCUACUAAAAGCAGUGGAAAAGCAUAUAGGGAAGGAAGAACACAAGGUUCAUUUCACUGACUUCAUAAGGGAAGAGUUCAGGAAGAACAGAAAUCUUGAAUACCCAAAAAACUCUUCUUUUAUCCAACAAAGAAUUAACCUUGCUCAAAAUUACACUUACCUUCUCAACAGUGUCCACCAUCAUAAGGACCUAUUAUUUUCUUACAACAUCGCAGUGGAUAGAUCCAAUGAGAUGAAGAAAGUGCUGGGUAAAUCUGCUGCAAGUGUGGGUCUCCGCCUUCCUGAUGUUUAUCAGUCUUGAAAGUUGCACAUGUAUCACGUCGAGGGUGGUUUCAGAUAAUUCCAUAUGGGGUUGAAAAACUUGCCAAAAGCAAAUGAAUUUUGUUGGUAAUUCUGAUGUUACAGUGUUAAACUUUUGUUUUAAACUAUAUUCUGGGGAAAAUAAACUGUCCUAAUGCUCUGAGUAGCUUAUUUUGUUCAAACUGCACAUGGCUAUACAAACUACUAUUAUUAUCUCUUGUGCGUGUGAAGUAUUGGGCCUAUAUUUUGGUGAUCUGCCCUAACCGCUUGUAUUUUAAUUGGUUGGGUGAGUGAAUGAGCUAGCUUUUUAGAUGGAUAAAAUAUAGGUCGGUCUAAAUUUGUAUUUAACUCAUAAUAAAAAUAUGGAUAAAAUAUGAGUUGGACAAAUAA